AUGAGGAGCCCGGUUCGCUGUGCCCUGGCUCUCUUCAUGCUCUUUGCCCUUUGGACGGGCUGGGCGCACUCGAAGAGCACGGUCCAGUUGAAGGGCUCGGGCAGCUCGCAGUCGGGAGCCAUCUACGACGUGUGGGUCAAGGACUACCGCUUCUAUCGCGACGUCGUCCAGAUAAGCUAUGACGGAGGCGGCACCAACGGCGCACUCCGUUCCUACGAACAGGGCACUGUGGACUUUGUCGCUACGGAGCGCGGCCUGUCGUACGAAGACUUCAUUCAGUUUCCGCUGGCCGGGCAGGGCAUCGUCAUAGGCUACAACCUGCCCUCUCUCAGCGCAACCGAUCCCACCCUGAUCUUGAAUAGGACGGUGCUGGGCUCGAUAUGGGCGGGCUCGAUCACGGCGUGGAACGACACGGCCAUCCAGGAGCUCAACCCCGACAUCGCACACAAGCUGCCGCCCGACGCGAUCCGCCUGGGCUACUCCAACGACACGACCAAGGUUCUGACCUUCACCGAGGUGUUCAAGCUCACCCUCGAGAGCUUCAGCGAGGAGUUCCGCGAGGUAUUCGCCGCGGCCAACCGCACCUUCGCCCUGCUGCCCCCGGCCCUCAAUGGCUUCGCCGUGCGUGUCGGCGGUUCGUCGGCCUCUCGUAUCACCUGGCUCCAGAAAACUGUGAACUCACUGACCUGGCUCAACUUUGCCGGCGGCCUCACCGCCUCGACGACGAAUGCGACGGCGUCGUCGGUCAACUUGGCGCGGAUGUACAACAAGGCCGGCCGACUGGUCGAGCUCAGCGUGGCGUCGCUCCAGUCGGCCAUGACCGACUACCAGCAGGACUACGCGGCGGGCCGAGCGUCGAAUGCUGCGGAGGAGAAUCUGGUGGCGCCGCUGGAUGUGAGUCUGCGAAAGCAGCUCCUGGUGCUGCUCAACGGCGUGCGCUGCAACGGGAAAAAGGCGUUCUCGUCGUCGGUCCUGGUCGGCACCGGCGGGCAGCUCACGCUGAUCAACUCCUGGGCCACCUCCUGGUCGACCAACCAGUACAAGCUCAAGUUCUACCAGACCUCGGCCGCCACCGCCCAGCAGCAGCUCACCGACAAAAACGUCGACUUCGGCCUGCCUGCUGACGCGGGCGCCUCCGGUUGGCGGGAGUCCGUCGCCGACGCCGCCGUGCUGCCGCUCGCCGCAUUCCCCCUGGUCCCAGCGUACAACAUGCCCGAGCUGGCCGGAAAGAGUCUGGUGCUCAGUGCGGAGGUCAUCGCGCAGAUUCUGACCAACGAGAUCACGGUGUGGAACGAUUCGCGCAUCCAGGCCAUCAACCUGGGCGAAGUCGCCGGGCUCCUGCCCGCGCAGCCCAUCACGGUCGUGUUGGAGAACGUGACGUCCGUGCAGACCACCUACACCCGCUGGCUCAACGCCACAGUCCCAUGGUGGGGGUCCGCGGUUGGAGUGGGCAGCGGCGUAACGUUCCCCGUGACCAACGUGCUCUGGGCUUCGAGCGAAGACGACUUCAUCGACCAUCUGCAAGCGACCAGCUACUCGUUUGGCAUCUGGUCGCUCUACGAUGUCCGUCAGGCACGCACCCUGGGCGUCGCGUCGUUGUUCAAUCGGGCCAACAAGGCGGUGAAGCCCUCGCUGGAGAGCGUGCAGAGCGCAAUCAACGACUUUGCCUCGGCCUACGGAGCGGCCAGCGUGCCCGAGACCCCAGUGGCGAAAAGGAGCGACACCUCCCCAGGGCUCACCUACGCUUCGCUUCUCAACGGUGGUGGAGCCGACACCUGGCCGUUGGCCUCGUUGGCCUCCAUCGUCUAUCGACAGCAGACCAUGACCAAUUGCGACGACGCCAAGGCGCUCCUGGACUUUCUCGGCUGGACCCAGUUGGACGCCGAUGCCAUCGACACAGCCAACAAGCAAGGGUACGUUCUGGCGACGGUGGCGGAUCCGCUGAAGCGGGAGUUCCUCAACCAAAUCAAGGCGGCCACGUGCAAUGGCGUCGCCGUGAGCGCCUUUGCCGGCUGCAUCAACGACGGCGAGAUGUGCUCCAGCGUGGGCACGUGCAACAGUGGCCGCUGCACCUGCCCGUCGUCCAGGACCGGCCAAUACUGCGAGCUGAUCGUCUCCUCGUCCAGCUCCGACUCGACCGUCAUCGUGCUCGCAACCGUACUGCCGGUGUCGGGCUUCCUGGUCUGUCUCGGGCUGCUCGUGGUGCUCGUGGUGGUGCUCGUGGCGGCCAGGCUUAGGCACCGAGGCGACUCAUACGACUGGGAGAUCAGGCUUGACGAGCUAGAGCUGGGCGAGCAGCUGGCCAGCGGCGGCUUCGGCCAGGUCUACCGGGCCACGUGGAAGGGCACCGAGGUGGCGGUCAAGGUGAUGGCCUCGGAGCAGGUCACCAGGGAGAUGGAGCGGCAGUUCAAGGAGGAGGUGCGGGUCAUGACCUCGUUGCGCCACCCCAACGUGGUGCUCUUCAUGGCCGCCUGCACCAAGGCGCCCAAGAUGUGCAUCGUCAUGGAGUUCAUGUCCCUCGGCUCCCUUCACGAUCUGCUGCACAACGAGCUGGUCUCGGACAUUCCGUUCCAGCUGAAGGCCAAGAUGGCCUACCAGGCCUCCAAGGGAAUGCACUUCCUCCACUCCUCUGGUAUCGUGCAUCGCGAUCUCAAGUCGCUCAAUCUUCUUCUCGACUCGAAGUGGAACAUUAAGGUAAGCGACUUUGGCUUGACCAAGUUCAAGGAGGAGAUCAAGACCGGCGGCGGAAAGGACGUGGCCGGCAGCGUGCACUGGACCGCGCCCGAGGUCUUGAACGAGGCACCCGACGCCGAUCUCAUCCUUGCCGACGUCUACAGCUUCGGCGUCAUCAUGUGGGAGCUGCUGACCCGCCAAGAACCCUAUCUCGGAAUGAGCCCGGCGGCCGUGGCGGUGGCGGUCAUCCGCGACGGGCUGCGGCCCGCCCUGCCCGAGGCGCAGGAGCAGUGUCCCGUGGAAUUCGAAGAACUCAUCACCGCCUGCUGGCACCAGGACCCCACCAUCCGCCCCACAUUCCUCGAAAUCAUGACCCGGCUGUCGACCCUGAACGGCGACUCGUCGGCCGGCGGCCUCUCCAUGACCUCCAAGACCUCGACUUCGUCGUCGGGCCACACCGAAGACGACCUCUUCGGCCCCAAGCACCAGCGGACCAGCUCGCAAGGCCAGUCGUCUUCCGACGGCGGGUCUUCUUCCGACGGCGGCCAAUCGGGCGAGCGCGCGGCGGCCGGUGCCCCCGUGAUUGGCGCCGCGGGCCUCCGCGCGCCCGAGGGCGAGGUCACCAUCGUCUUCUCCGAUAUCACGCGCGCCGCCUCGCUCUGGGAAUUCGACCCGGCCGCCAUGCGCGACGCCACGCUACUGCACAACGAAGUGCUCCGCUCCGCGCUGCGUCGGCACCGCGGCUACGAGGUGGCCUUCCUGCGCGACCGCAACAGUGGCGAGGGCUCGUUCUGUAUGGCCUUCCAGCAGCCCAGCGACGCGCUGGCCUGGUGCGACGACGUCCAGCGCGCGCUGUUGGCCGCCGACUGGCCCGAGGCUCUGCUCGAGCACCCGGGCGCCGCCGAGGAGUGGGGCGACACCGACGAUCGCGUGUUAUAUAAGGGCCUGCGGGUGCGAAUGGGCGUUCACUUUGGGUCGGCGCGGGUGGUGCGCGAUCCGAUGACCCGGCGCGUGGAGUACAUCGGGCCGGUGGUCAACACCGCCGCGCGCAUCACGGCCAUGACCCACGGCGGCCAGAUCGUGCUCAGCCACGCCGUCCACGCGCGGCUCCACCUCGACGAGCAGCCCGCCGCAGCCGGAAACGACGAAGCCGCCACUGCCGCCGCACCUGCGCCGGUCGACUUGUGCGAGCGCCUCGUCGCCAUGGGCCGCUUUGAGAUGCCCGACGCGCCCGGCGGUGCCAAGCUGUACGAGCUGAAGGUGGUCGGGCUCGAGGGCCGCUUCUUCGGCGGUGUCACCAAGGAGACCAGCAACGACGGCGACGGCGACGAUGGCUCGACCAUCUCCAGCCGGAGCGACGACGAGCCCCCCAGCAGUCGCCGUAGGCGCGUAGGCGGCGGCGGUCAGCAGCUGCAGACCACUGUGGGCGAGGGGAUGAUGUUCAAGGAGGACACGUUCCUUACGUCGGCCAACCUGUGCCGAUGGAUCAUCAACUACGGCGAGAUCCAGGUGGGCAAGCAGAUCGGGCUCGGGUCGUACGGGGUGGUCUACCGCGGGAAGUGGAAGGGCGUCGAGGUGGCGGUGAAGCGGUUCAUCAAGCAGAAGCUGGACGAGCGCCGCAUGCUCGAGUUCCGCGCCGAGAUGGCAUUCCUCUCCGAGCUGCACCACCCCAACAUCGUUCUCUUCAUCGGGGCGUGCGUGAAGAAGCCGAAUCUGUGCAUUGUGACGGAGUUCAUGCGGCAGGGCAGUCUGAAGGACAUCCUGGGGACCAGCUCGGUCAAGCUGACCUGGAACCAGAAGCUGCGGCUGCUCCGCUCCGCCGCCCUGGGCGUCAACUACCUCCACUCGCUCCAGCCCGUCAUCGUCCACCGCGAUCUCAAACCCUCCAACCUCCUCGUGGACGAGAACUGGAACGUGAAGGUGGCCGACUUUGGGUUCGCGCGGAUCAAGGAGGAGAACGCGACCAUGACCCGCUGCGGCACGCCGUGCUGGACCGCGCCGGAGAUCAUUCGCGGUGAGCGCAACUACGACGAGCGGGCCGACGUGUUCUCGUUCGGCAUCAUCAUGUGGCAGGUCGCGACCCGCAAGGAACCGUUCGCCGGGCGCAACUUCAUGGGCGUGUCGCUCGACGUGUUGGAGGGCCGGCGGCCGGCGGUGCCCAACGACUGCCCGCCCGAGUUCCGCAAGGUCAUGCAGAAGUGCUGGCACGCCAACGCCGCCAAGCGGCCGCGGCUCAACGAUGUCGUGGACUUCCUUGCGCGGCAGGUGGGCGACGACGACCACGACGGCGCCGCCCGACUCGCCGCGCCCUGA